AUGCCUUUCUGGCGCUCUAAAGGUUGCUUCAGCCUGUCUUGUAUAGGAAAAGAAUACCCAGUGAAAAAUGAUCUUCCUGACGUAAGUGAUAUUUUUGAUUUCACUGUGGAAAGUGAUAUUGUUGAUCUCACUGUGAAAAAUGAUCUUCUUGACCUCACAUUUGAGAAAUUGAGACAGUAUACGGGUCAAUUUUCUCCAGAUAAUCUUAUUGGAAUCUCUCAAUAUGGUAAGCUCUACCGUGGGAAGAUGCCUGUGGGUUUGAAUCAAGAAGAUGAAACUACCAAGGAUGUGGCUGUCAAGAUUCUGUUUGAUCCUAGGGUUCUUCGAGACAAUAAAGACCUAGUGAGAUUUGAGGAUGAACUUAAAUUCUUGCAAGAUCCAAGGAUUAGGGGCAAUCCGAACUUAGUGAAAUUGAUUGGAUAUUGUCGAGAGGAUAAAAUUCUGGGGGUUGUUUACGAUCUCAAACCACGUGACACCUUAGUUAGGGCUGCACUUGCAUUAGCUCGCUUGGUGAAUGUCUUGCAUGGUCAAAAGUCACAAUACCUGAUUCGCAACAUUAAUCCAGCUCACAUAGUGCUCGACAAGAAUUUCAAUCCCAUCCUGUUUGAAUUUGGUAUGUUACUUGGAAGUAAUUUGGAUAAGACAGUCAGUCAUCGUGAAGCUGGAACUUUUGGCUACAUUGCUCCAGAUGUUGCUCAAUGUGGUGCGUGGACUGUCAAAUCCGAUAUUUACUCAUUUGGUGUUUUGCUCUUAGAUCUUAUGAGCAAAAGAGUUAUUGAUGUGAAAAAUACCGUAGCGACUGCAGUUGAUUUGUGGGCCUUGAAAGAGUACAAGCCUAGUUAUUUGGAUGAAGAAGAAAAGAAGCGACCACUAAUGAAAGAAGUUGUUAACCGUCUGGAGGCUUUACAUGUUGUGCAACAACAUGUAGAGAGGAAAUGA